CACACGGGGACACGCGCGGACACGCGGACACACGGAGCACACGGAACAGGAUUUCGGCAGCCGACGGAAUCGCAGGCCCGGCCAUGUCCCACAGAUCCGGACCUGUCCUGAGCCGGGCCAGGGGUCCCCAGGGCCACCCGGAGCAGUCCCCGUGUCGCAGGCGCCCGCGGGGUGUCAUGGCGGGGCCCGGGGACGCGGCGGAGGCUGUCACCGACCCCGACAUGGUGGCCUUGUUCGAGGACUUCCUGGGGAAAGAGGAGACGGAGGAGGAGAUGACGAUAUCCUCGGGGGGGACGCGUCCCCCCCCGCAGCCCUACCACUACCUGCUGCGGGACACGGAGCAGAGGGGGCUCUGCCUCCACGACGGCCACCUGGUGGCCACCAGCCUGCAGGGUGCCAACGCCGCCCAGGAAGAACCCAUCAGCGUGGUGCCCAACCGGCACCUGGAGCGCCAGCGUUGUCCCCUCAUCCUGGGCAUCCAGGGUGGCACCCAGGCCCUCUCCUGCGGCACCGGUCCCGAGCCCCAGUUGAAGCUGGAGGAUGUGGGGCUGAUGGACCUCUUCUUGCGGGGGGCCGAGGCCACCCCCUACACCUUCUACAAGACCUUUGGUGGCUCCACGCACACCUUCGAGGCGGCCGCUUUCCCCGGGCUCUUCCUCAGCACGGCCCCGGGGCCGGCGUUGGCCGUGGCCGCCCCCCCCGCCGUCACCGCCUUCUACCUGCGCCGCAAGUGACGGCGGCACCCGGGGGUGGGGGGGCACCCAUGGGGUGGGGGCGUCCUCCCCACCCGUCA